GAUCAUUGAACUCUGCAGUCAGAACCCAAAAGGAAUCUCAGAUGAGGUUAUUAAGCAGUCAGUGCCUCAAUGUGAUAUUCAGCAGAGAGUUACUGCUGUUAACAGACUCUUGUCGACGAAUCGCUUGGAAUUGCUGAAAAGUGGCUCAAAACUGUUGUACAGAUUAAAAGACCCAGAGGCUGCAAAGGAGGUGAAGGGAGCAGACACAGAAGAAAAGGUCGUUUUUCAAAUUAUCAAAGAUGCGCAAAACAAAGGUAUAUGGACAAGAGAAAUCCGUAUGAAGAGCAACCUGAAGAACAUACAAGUUUUGAACAAGAUUUUAAAGAACUUAGAGAGCAAAAAGCUUAUCAAAGCUGUGAAAUCUGUCAAUGUUUCCUCCAUGUCACAGGCCUCAAAACGUAAGGUUUACAUGCUGUACAACCUCGAGCCUGACCAGUCUGUGACAGGGGGGCCAUGGUACAGCGCCUCAGAAUUUGAAUCAGAGUUUGUGGAAAUUCUGAAUGCUCAAGCACACAAGUUUCUUCAACAGAGGGCUAUUGAUGCCCAGAAAGUGUAUGUGGAUGAGCCAUGGACCAGACUGCAGGCUUCCUAUGCCACAGCAGAAGAUGUCUUGAAGUACAUUACAAACUUAGGGAUCAGUAAGGUCAAUCUUUCUUUGAAAGACAUGGAGGCCAUCUUGGAUACCCUCAUUUAUGACGGAAAAAUUGAGCUGUCUGCCAGGACAGCUGGUAGUGUUGGCUCGACUUCUGGAGACUCUUCCAUCAAGAUCUACAGAGCUGUGAAAACACUUUCAGACACAUCUGCCUUUGUUCGGACACCUUGUGGUGUUUGUCCUGUCAUAUCUCGAUGCACAGUGGAUGGUUUGAUAUCUCCAAAAACGUGUAUCUACAUGAAGGACUGGUUGGACUUUUGACAUCAGCCAAAACUUUAUUUAUUUGAAUCAAAUUAUUCAUGAAUGUGUGUGAGUGUUGUUAUUUUGCUGGAAUGAAUGAAAGGCGAAGUUGAGAUCCCAACAAGGAGAUGAAAAGUCGUACACUUUGUUCAUAGGAAAAAAAAGAGAAAAAGUGAAAAUAUGAAUUGUUGAAAGUGAAAGAGGAGAAAAUGGUCGAAGUGAUGGGUAAAAAUAGGCACCUGCUUUAGAUGAGAGUUAAAGGAGUGAAUGGUAUACAUGAUUGUUUGCUUUGUUUUAACUGUUUCUUAUCUGGAGGUGAUAUCUUAUGCAAUUAAAAAAGAUUGGAAAAUA